CGGCAACUGACAAGAAAAAGGGAGAGCGGUAAGCGUACCGUCCUUUAACCUUCUCUAAAUACCGUUCUCUGUUGGCUUGCCCUAACUUUGCCUCGAGUUGGAGUCUUCCGAACAGGAGGAGAACAGAGAAGCAAAUCGCCGAGAUUGUCUCCGGUCAUCGACUCCCGGCGCAUCCAAAGCUUUGAUCUGAAAUCUCCAAGGGUGGAAUCACGACCGUCCAAUCUCCCAGUCCGACGGCCAUGGGGCUCUCCAGCCUGCCGACCCCAUCGGAGAGCGUGCUCACUCUCGUGCUCGUCAACACCGCGCUCACUAUCUCCAUCCUCCGCUCCCUCCUCCGCUCCCUCCUCCGCCUCCGUGGGCCGUCACCGCCGCUAUCGGAGCACGCCGCCGGCGAGGAUCGCGAGCCGCACAGCCUGACCGAUCGGUUCCGCAGCCGCUGCAGGCCGAUUCGAUUCGGCUUGGCCCUGGGUCGGAGGCGGGCAGCGGAGAGGGCAUCCGACUGCCGGGUCUGUCUCGCCUGCUUCGAACCUGACUCGAUGGUGAACACGCUUCCUUGCGGCCACUUCUUCCACAAAGCCUGCCUGGAAACGUGGCUCGACUACCAGCACGCAACGUGCCCACUCUGCAGGACCUACGUCCUCCCCGCCGAGGAGGCUGCCGUUGGCGGCUCCAAUUCCAGUUUAUCGUGGCCGUGGUUCUAGGACACGGAGGAGAACCCCCAUGGCUGGUGCGUUGGUGUGGUGAUCAUGGGUCUCGCUUUUGGGGACUUGUCGUCGUCGUAGACAGCAGAUAGAUAGCUGUGUACAAUUUAUUAUUAAUCGAAUUUGUUUCCUCGAGUGUCUAUUAUCUAA